AUGAACGCCACGAACGACAGUUUUUUAUUGUUUAACAGCACUAAAUUUACCUCGACGCCCUCAACAGAACUGUUAACAUUAUGGGCGUCCUGGUACCUAACUUUCUGUUACGGAGGCGCCGUUUCCAACAGCCUGGUAGCCGGGUUAAUCCUCGCCAACGUCCGGCUGCGUGCCGGUUGCGGACUGCUCAUCGGACACUAUCUUAUCGCGCAUGCCGCACUGUGUUUUCUCAGCUAUCCGGCCAUCGGCAUCAUGAUUUACCAGAAACUGAUGUUGCACUGGGAUUUGGAGAUCCGCUUCUGCGGCAUUCUCAUGUGGAUCCACAUGACCAUCCGCUAUGCUGGCAACUGGAUCGAAAGCUAUGUUGCCAUAAAUCGCCUCGUCGCGCUGUGUUUUCCCUUCCAAUACCGGCGUUUUGCCAAUCAGCGAUUAGAGCAGUUAAUGGUGAUUGUCUUGUGGGUGACGGCGGGAUGUCUUGCGUGCCUCGGGUGUUUUGAUCUGGGCGUGGUCUACGCCAAGAGCCCGCUGGGCAGUUGUGGAAUCUUACAGAAAGAUGGUUUCGGUGUGUUGACCUUUGUGGUGGGAUACUACGGUCCGCUGGGCGUGGCGGCGGCUGCUUACUCGGUAAUCUACCUCAAGUUAUUGCUGGACCGGCGAAGGCGGAAGAAGAUCCGACAGGCAAACCAGCGGAACGGGUUUCAAAAACCGAACCGAAAACGGGUGGUGAAGGCUAACAUGAUGUUUGUGGCGUUUUUAUGGAACAGCGUAUGCUAUUUGGUUUGGCCAAUGACGUUGACAGUGUCGCCGGAGCUGCAGCGACAGCGUCCGUUGGUGGCAUUGUUGUUGGGAUCACUGCAGAUGGUUGGCUACGUUACAAACCCGGUAACGUAA